CCUCUGAUGACCCUCCUCUCCUCCACCCUGUCCCUCCAGGAGCGUAAUGCAGAGAAUGCCAUUGAGGCUCUGAAGGAAUAUGAACCCGAGAUGGGGAAAGUCUACCGGGCUGACCGCAAGACAGUACAGAGGAUCAAGGCUCGGGACAUUGUCCCUGGGGACAUUGUGGAGGUGGCUGUGGGCGACAAAGUGCCUGCAGAUAUCCGGAUCCUGUCCAUCAAAUCCACCACCCUCCGGGUUGACCAGUCCAUCCUGACGGGCGAGUCCGUAUCUGUCAUCAAGCACACAGACCCUGUUCCUGACCCCCGAGCUGUCAACCAGGAUAAGAAGAACAUGCUUUUCUCGGGUACCAACAUCGCAGCUGGCAAGGCCUUAGGCAUCGUGGCCACUACUGGUGUGAGCACCGAGAUUGGGAAGAUCCGUGACCAGAUGGCUGCCACAGAACAGGACAAAACCCCUCUGCAGCAGAAGCUGGAUGAGUUUGGGGAGCAGCUCUCCAAGGUCAUCUCCCUCAUCUGUGUGGCCGUCUGGCUCAUCAACAUCGGCCAUUUCAACGAUCCCGUCCACGGCGGCUCCUGGUUGCGGGGUGCCAUCUACUACUUUAAGAUUGCCGUGGCCCUGGCUGUGGCUGCAAUCCCAGAAGGCCUUCCUGCGGUCAUCACCACCUGCCUGGCCUUGGGCACCCGGCGGAUGGCAAAGAAAAAUGCAAUCGUGAGGAGCCUGCCCUCCGUGGAGACUCUGGGCUGCACCUCCGUCAUCUGUUCCGACAAGACGGGCACCCUCACCACCAACCAGAUGUCUGUCUGCAAGAUGUUUAUUAUCGACAAGGUGGACGGAAACAUCUGUGUCCUGAACGAGUUCUCCAUCACUGGUUCCACUUACGCUCCGGAAGGAGAGGUCUUGAAGAAUGAUAAGCCAGUCCGCUCAGGGCAGUAUGAUGGGCUGGUGGAGUUGGCCACCAUUUGUGCCCUCUGCAAUGACUCCUCCUUGGACUUCAACGAGGCCAAAGGUGUUUACGAGAAGGUGGGUGAGGCAACAGAGACGGCGCUCACCACCCUGGUGGAGAAGAUGAAUGUGUUCAGCACAGACGUGAGGAGCCUCUCAAAAGUGGAGCGGGCCAACGCCUGCAACUCAGUGAUCCGCCAGCUAAUGAAGAAGGAAUUUACCCUGGAGUUCUCCCGAGACCGGAAGUCCAUGUCUGUCUAUUGCUCCCCGGCCAAAUCCCGGGCUGCCGUGGGCAACAAGAUGUUUGUCAAGGGUGCCCCUGAGGGGGUCAUCGACCGCUGUAACUACGUGCGAGUUGGCACCACCCGCGUGCCCAUUACAGGGCCGGUGAAGGACAAGAUCCUGUCCGUGAUCAAGGAGUGGGGCACCGGCCGGGAUACCCUGCGCUGCCUGGCCCUGGCCACCCGGGACAGCCCCCCGAAGCGAGAGGAGAUGAUCCUGGAUGACUCUGCCAGGUUCAUGGAGUACGAGACGGACCUGACAUUUGUCGGCGUGGUGGGCAUGCUGGACCCACCCCGCAAGGAGGUCACGGGCUCUAUUCAGCUGUGCCGGGAUGCCGGAAUCCGAGUCAUCAUGAUCACCGGGGACAACAAGGGCACAGCCAUUGCCAUCUGCCGACGAAUCGGCAUCUUUGGGGAGAACGAGGAGGUGGCUGACCGAGCCUACACCGGCCGGGAGUUUGACGACCUGCCCCUGGCGGAACAGCGGGAGGCCUGCCGUCGCGCCCGCUGCUUCGCCCGUGUGGAGCCCUCCCAUAAGUCGAAGAUCGUGGAGUAUCUGCAGUCCUACGAUGAGAUCACGGCCAUGACAGGUGAUGGUGUCAACGAUGCCCCUGCCCUAAAGAAGGCCGAGAUCGGCAUCGCCAUGGGAUCCGGCACCGCCGUGGCCAAGACCGCUUCCGAGAUGGUGCUGGCCGACGACAACUUCUCCACCAUCGUGGCUGCGGUGGAGGAGGGCCGCGCCAUCUACAACAACAUGAAGCAGUUCAUCCGCUACCUCAUCUCCUCCAACGUGGGCGAGGUGGUCUGCAUCUUCCUGACCGCCGCCUUAGGACUGCCUGAGGCCCUGAUCCCUGUGCAGCUGCUGUGGGUGAACUUGGUGACUGACGGGCUCCCGGCCACAGCCCUGGGCUUCAACCCACCAGACCUGGACAUCAUGGACCGGCCUCCCCGGAGCCCCAAGGAGCCCCUCAUCAGUGGCUGGCUCUUCUUCCGCUACAUGGCAAUUGGGGGCUACGUGGGUGCGGCCACUGUGGGAGCGGCUGCCUGGUGGUUCCUGUAUGCAGAUGACGGGCCUCAUGUCACUUACAGCCAGCUGACUCACUUCAUGCAGUGCAACGAGGAAAACGUCAACUUUGAGGGCGUGGACUGCGAGGUCUUUGAGGCCCCCCAGCCCAUGACCAUGGCCUUGUCCGUGCUGGUUACCAUUGAAAUGUGCAACGCUCUCAACAGGGCAGGGAGGGUGCGGGUCUGA